CCUUUUGGCUAGAAUGGCUCGAAUUUCGGGUCAAAAGGUAUUCAUGAAUCCAAUUAGACUGCAUUGCUGCCUUCUUGCGGAAGCCAGGAGAGUCUUGUUGGCAGAGUUGAGAGGGUGCCUUGAGCUUUAAAAAUGUUCAGCAGGUGGUGGCGAAGUUGUUGGGCGUGUUCUGCUGGAUGAGUGGUUGAGGCUGAGUCUACAGCCCACGAGGCUGGGAAGGAGUGGAUGUUGAGUGGUCCUGAACACCACUGCCACAACUUAAUAAGCAACCUCCCCCCCUUUGUAGGAUUUCCCCUCCCAUCAGACACAACACAUCCACAAGCCACAUCAAAACCAAGCCAAACCCAAACCAAACCAAACUCAAACAUCAUCAACAUCGAAGCAUAUCAUCCACCAUCCUGGCUGCCUACAUCCAGAUAUCCCAGACACCCAUCACUCAUCACCACUCUACCGCCUUCAGUUCACUUGGAUCCCAGAGCCAGCCAACUCGCCUCAGAUGCCCCCCAAGAAACUCAAGCCCUCCUCAACCGACUCGCCCUGGCUCAGGUGUCCCAGAUCACCUUGUCUCGUCUCCUACCACCCUAGGAACGCCCGCCAACAUCUAGCCACCUGUCGAUACUUCUCUUGUGUCAACGAGCCUUGCAACUUCCUAGGCACUUCCAAGCAGGUCAAUAACCACGAAUCGAGCUGUCCCUACGCUCUUCGCUCUGAGGAAAUCGGCACCACUGAUCCCUUGUCAGAUUCGCCCUCCGAAGUCCUAGACAUCCUCACAUCUCCCACCCGUGUGAACAGCUAUCCUACCGAGCCUUCGAGCGGCGUCUCCCCGGCCUCCUCACACAAGAAAACCGGCUCAAACCGACAGCGUAUCUUCCAGUCCGAGAGCCCGAGUUUAUGUGAUGGAAGCCCCGUCCAAGGCUCAUCCAAGCUCUCCAAAACCAAGCGCACUAUCCCCAGCGACUCCGCGAUCACCACUCGCCUUCGUGGCCGGCCUGCCGAACGACGCUCCACGCUCGACCCCUACGACCCAUCUGCCAAGCGGAUCUUCUCACUACCAGACGAGGCGAUCCAUCCAGUGCUCAAGCCGGCCCCUCCGCGUCCCUUGAAAUGCUCCUCGCCCGUGCCCCCUCCGCCCACCCGACGCCUGGCCACAUAUGAGCUCCAGCGGUACCGUCCCGAGACGCGCUCGCUUCGUGCCCGACCAUCAUCGACGGACACCAAGCCCUCGCCACAGGACGAGGAACACCUGGGGCUCUCGGAAGCACUAGCCCACAAGACCGCCCAGCUGGAUGCACUCAAGGACUGCUACAGCACCCUCGUCAAAUCCUUCGACGACAUUGCCUACUCGAUCUCCCAGAACAAGGCGGCCCACGAGCUCCAGGAAGAGCUGGGCCGAGUACCGUUGGACGACUUCGACCGAGUGCUCGACGAGCUUGCUGUAGACAACGUUCCCGAGCGGGCCUUCCUGGAUGACAUUGUGCCGGCGAAUGACGAGUUCAAACACGAUGAGGAUGAUUUUGGGCCGGCGGAGGAGAUGGGAGGGGACAAAGAGAACGCCAGACGCUCGGCAACCCUUCGUCCCAACAGUCCCGCCCACUCCUCAUCGGCGGGCUACGAUCCACACGAAGUACUGACAACAGACGAGCUUGCGGAUCAAGUCCGCCUGAAGAUCGCCGGCUCCGAGUCGAAAUCCUCGCCCUUGGCAGACAGUCCAAGUAACGUCUUUGGCCGCAAACGCAAGCGUCCUCUCUCCCAGUCCACCAUCCCCCCAUUCCAUCCCUCUUCCUCCCCCUCCUCCUCUCAUCCCACCCGCUUCAUCCAUAAACUCGCAGAUACUACCCUCGACCUCGGCGACGAAAUCCAGCCCGGCUUGCCCUCCUGUUGUAACUUCAAUAAACUCAUCCAGGCCGCUAGGGAUCGCAUCCAAACUCGCCUCGAACUCCGUAACUCCCGCCUCAACUCCUCCUCUUCUCCCUCUUCUUAAAGCCCUCUUCUUAUUCCUGCUUCUGUUGUGAAGCUUUCGGUUUUAUAUUUAUAUUUGAGAUAUAUCUAUAUAUGUGUUUGUGUUUGUGUUCAUCCCCUCCCUUACAAGUUCUCCCCUUUGGUUUUGUUUUGAACAACAAAACUUCCUUCUUUCUACCCCCCCCCCCCUCUCCCUAAAAAAAUGGAUCACGAAGAACGGAUCACGUACUAAGAAAUGAAAGAAAACAUAUGCCAUUUAGUUUGUAUGUUGUUAGAGACAUUGUCCAAAUCAUGCAUCAAACACUUCAUGUGGAGCAAACCAUGUUCAAAGAUUUUGC